GAUACACCGUACGAUAUCAAUAUGAAGCAGCUUCUCUGUAUGAUAAUCUUCCUGGGUUACCAGUGCUAUACUUAUUGCACUAUAACUUGCAAGGAUCCGAAUGGAAAGGAUGUUGAUUGGUUCAUCGUUUACAAAGUCCCAAAGUUAACAAAUGCCAGGAAGUAUCCUGUUCUGACGACAGGAACUGAGUUUUUCUACAUGGAUACAACUUCACCAAAAUUUAAUUAUAAAACCACAGACAUCACGAGCAGUACUCAAAACCCCGUGUACGAGACACUAAAACCUUUGUACACAAACUCUCCAGAUGUCCAGACAUAUGCCAUGUAUAACGAUCAACCCCCAGAUAAUUCAGCAGGGAGUAACUAUGCUCACUCAAAAGGUUCACUAGCGUUUGAUAGGACCGAAGGCUUCUGGAUGGUUUCGAGUGUACCAAGAUUUCCUGCAAAGAAAUCCAAGAGAUAUAACUAUUCAGAUAAUCAAACAAGAUAUGGGCAGACGAUAUUAUGUGUCACUGUCAGAAAGGCAGUUGAAAAUGAUCUAAAAAACAUAUUUGGAACAACACAUCCGUACAUAUAUGACAGAACUAACUUCGAUGUCAAUACUUUGAACCGACCAAGUACUAGUCAUGUUGGUUUGAAAUCUCGUGGAAAUGUUCAGUUGAAAGUACUUGCAAAGUCAGCGACAUUUAAGGAAGACAUUUAUGAGAAAUGGAUAGCACCAGAACUGAAAGAUAAUUUUUUAGCUCGGACAUGGAGACCAAACCCUAAAAACACCCCUCCACCAGUAAUAAACGUCAAAGAGGUUUGUUUUAACAAUAACAUCGCGUUCUCAGACGGAGUUGACCAUUCUAAGUGGGCGGUAGCUAAACAGUCGCCUUGGAUUUGUAUCGGAGAUUUAAACAGAGAAGAAGCACAAAAAAGGAGAGGAGGGUUGUCUAUUUGUCUAAAGGAUGCAAUAGCUGCCAAAGAAUUUCGAGAUCUUCACGACAGAUGUAUUAACUCCAUGAUAAAAACUGCCAACGCAAAAUUACCAAAGCGACCAAAACAACCCAAAAGACCAGUAUUGGGCGUAAAAAAGAAACCUUUGAAAAAACAAAAAGGACGAAAAAGACCAAUAUUAGCCAAGAAUAAUCGCGGUUGAUAUAAAACUGUAAAAGAGUGUUAAAAAUUAAAGGUUUAUCAGAAUCAAUA